CCGCCAUUAGCAGGAGGUGGAUCCGGCUCCGACAUGCAGAUCUUCGUGAAAACCCUCACCGGGAAGACCAUCACCCUCGAGGUUGAAGCGUCUGAUACUAUUGAAAAUGUCAAAGCUAAAAUUCAGGAUAAGGAAGGCAUUCCCCCUGAUCAGCAGCGAUUGAUCUUUGCUGGCAAACAGCUGGAGGAUGGCCGCACUCUUUCUGACUACAACAUCCAGAAGGAGUCCACUCUUCACCUUGUGCUGAGGCUCCGAGGUGGUGCCAAGAAGAGGAAGAAGAAGUCUUACACCACUCCCAAAAAGAACAAGCAUAAGAGAAAGAAGGUCACACUUGCCGUGCUCAAGUACUACAAGGUCGAUGAGAACGGUAAAAUCCACCGCCUGCGACGUGAAUGCCCUUCAGAUGAGUGUGGAGCUGGUGUCUUCAUGGCAAGUCACUUUGAUAGGCAUUACUGUGGCAAGUGCUGUCUGACAUACUGCUUCAACAAGCCCGAAGACAAAUAAAUGUACAUUUGUUAAUAAAGGAGUCCACUAAUCUA